UCUGUGCGAGAUACGAUACGAGACGCGCGCGCCAUUUUGUUUUUCGAGAAUUUGUCGAAGUGCUGAAGCCGCAAUUUUAGUGGUUAUUUCCAAUUUUUCAGCUUGCUUUUGAACAAACAGUGAUUUAUUUUCCUCAUGACAAAAAUGGGAAAGGGGAAAAAUGAAACUACCGACGGGUCCAGUGAGGAAGAGUACGUCGUGGAAAAAGUGUUGAACAAAAGAAUUGUCAAAGGAAAGGUACAAUACCUUCUGAAAUGGAAGGGCUACAAGGAAGAGGAAAGUACUUGGGAGCCAGAAGAUAACCUGGACUGUGAGGAGUUGAUCAAAACUUUUGAGGACAGUAGGAAGGAGAAGGAGGCCAAAGCUAAAAAAGCUGAUGAGCAACCCACUACCAAUCGCAGCAAGAAACGCAGGCGUGACUCCUCCGAGGACAACAACUCAGCGGCACGUCGGGGCCGCGGCACCAGUGUCUCCUCCGAUGACCACAGAGAAACCAAAGCCAAGAAAGAUGACAAAGGGAAAUCUGGCUUUGAUAAAGGACUUAAAGCAGAAAAGAUAAUUGGAGCUUCGGAUGCCACUGGGGAGCUGAUGUUCCUGGUGAAGUGGGCAGACACAGAUGAGGCAGAGCUGGUUCCUGCCAAAGUUGCCAAUGUCAAGUGUCCACAGCAGGUCAUUGCAUUCUAUGAAGAGAGGCUAACUUGGCACACUCCGGCAGACACCGAGUGACUCAAUUAAAUACAAAGUUCCAACUAAUUUGAAAGACAUUUUGUGUGACUAUGUACAUAUGUACGUAACUUGAUGUGUUGUGCGGGAAAAGUGCCACAAUUUUCACAAAAAUUUUGGUGUAACGAUACUCAAAGAAACUAAUCAUAGUCUGGCAAGUUUGUUGCUAACACUCCCAUGAUAUGCGGGCGACGGGGGUAAGACUGUUCGGGUGUGAAAUCGUGCGUGCGACGUGCAUCAGUCGUGGGUUUUUCAUUUAUCGCUACACGCACCCCGGCCUGUGCGGAACAUCGGGAGUGUUACGAACGAAGUUGCCAAGCUAUAAAGCAGAUGUAAAAAAAAAUUUGGGAAAAGUGUCAGAGAUAUUGUGCUGUAAAUGAUUUUUUUUUUUAGUGUUUUUGACUACAUACUUUUUUGGCUGGAAAAAUGGUUUGACCAUCAGCUGUCUGGCAGAGAACAAAGUGAAAGGAUAAGGUUUCUCUAUUGUUUUCUUUAUUUGAAGUAUACCUAAAAAGCAUUAUAUGCUUUAGGGAUACUUCAAUGAUUAUAAAAUUUAUUUCAUAGUUUUGAUUGAUUAAAGAUUUUUAGGUUUUAUAAAAUUAUACUAAGAUUUUUCUGAUUAAGUAUUACGAAAACUUAGUAUUUUUGUAUUUUUUUUCUUCUUAAUAUAUUCUAUUUGCAAUUCCAAAAUAGGAAUAGAUUGUAAAAAGUAUGAUAUAAGUCAAUAAAUUCCCAAUGAAUUCAUUGGAAUUUAUAACAACAUUGCCGCAAUCCUUUGCGUUUACUUUAGAUCUAUUAUUUUUAUAAUAAUUAUGAUAGUUUUAGAUAUUGAUGUUUAUAUAUUCACAUGUUUCAUGGUGUAAAUUUCGUUUCAUUGUUUUGACCUUAGGGUACCUUCAGUUAAAUAUGAUAAUACUUGCCAGUGUGCAUUAAAAAUUUAUUUAGGUUUCUAAUUUUUCUUAAAUAAAAUUUCCUCAUUGUUUUCUUGUAAUUGAGCAAUGUAUUAAGUUUCAAAUAUGAAUUUUAUUUUUGCUGCUGAGAACGUCGGUCGGCUUCUUUCAUACAAAAAGAAAAUGCGAUUAAAUAAUGGGGAGAAAAAUAUUUUAUUUGAAUUUUUUUAUUAAAAAAAAUGAUAUUUUAUAAAUAACAUUUUUAAUGCUAAGUGUCGGUUUCAAUGUUACAUAUUUAAUGUAUCCAUUACUUUGUUACAUUAUUAGUUUUUAGUUGUUUGCUAUUUGAGUCGAUGAUUUGAGGUGUAAUGGAAGGUGUUUUACUAAUGACUGAUAUAUUUUAAUAUCACAUUUAUUGGCUCCUCUAUUCGAAGAGAAUAUUUCCCUAGGGAAUAAUAAUUUGUAAGUAGGUACUCUGUUCUAAAUGCAAGCGGUUAGAAAAGUGCACAAUGUUAUGCGGUCAGCCACAAUCGUUUGCGCUAAAAGUAUUUGAUGGACGAAUUUAUUUUUUUAAAAACCAUACAUCAAAAUCUCCUUCUGGCCAAACUGUCAUUAAUGAUAAUAAUAAUUAAUAAUGGUUAUAGUUUGGCCAGGAAGUUUUUAGGCAACCUACUCGCUAUAUAACAUACUUAAUUUGAUAUAAAACACUUUUCAUCUAAUAAAUAAGGGUUAAGAUAGUUUCGAUUGUUUCUUAUAUGGACUUUCUCCUAUAAUUUAAAUAAUAAUGAGUCUCCUCUCAGAAUAAGAGGGGUUAGGCCAAUAGUCCACCACGCUGGCCCAAUGCGAAUUUUCAGACUUCACACACGCAGAGUUAAGAAAAUCCUCUGAUAUGCAGGUUUCCUCACGAUGUUUGCCAUCACCGUUUGAGACACGUGAUAUUUAAAUUCUUAAAAUGCACACAACUGAAAAGUUGGAGGUGCAUGCUCCGGAUCGGAUUCGAACCCACACCCUCCGGAAUCGAAGGCAGAGUUCAUAUCCACUGAGCUAUCACGGCCUACAACUCGUAAAUCGUUAGUACUCGACUAAAAUACUAAAGUAGUCCGAACGAAGCCUAACCGAUUGUUCGUUUGCCUUUGGAACAAAGUCUACAGCUAUUCAGUGUAACAUGUACUUUUUUAAAUACAAACUGUAUUUACAAAAAGUACAUGUUACACUGAAUAGACUUUAUCGUGUAAUGGCCCGCCAUUGUAAAAUUUAAAAUAAGAUAAUUAUAGUUAUAAAAUUAUUGAAUAAACCGUA